AACAGGAGCGUUUGCCGUCUUCCUCUUAGGUCUAGUCGGUUUUGUCCGUUAACGUUAGUUUUUCUGUCGUUUGGUGACUCUUUAAAAUGAAGCUAUGGUGUGUAGUUGUUGCGUGUCUCGGAGUGGGUGUAAUGGGCGGGAAAUACUCUAAGGAAAUGAACCAGGCCAAGCCGGGCGGUGAUGAACAGACGGUGGAGUUCAGGAUAGCUAAACUCAACCAGGUGUGGGAAAAGGCUCAGAGGAUGCAGUUGUCUCCAGUGCGACAGUCCGAGCUGCACAGUGACCUGAAAAUCCAGGAGAAGGAUGAGCUGCAGUGGAAGAAGACAAAGGUUGAGGGGCUGGAUGAGAACGGGGAGAAGGAGGCUCAGCUCCGACGCAACUUUAAUGUGAUCUUGGCCAAGUAUGGGAUGGAUGGGAAGAGGGACACACGACCCCUGGAGAGCAACUCCCUGAAGGACCAUGACACCAAAGAAGGAGACAUAUUCGAUGAUCCCAGGCUGGACAAACUCUGGAACAAGGCCAAGAGUUCAGGCAAGUUUUCCAACGACGAGAUGCAGAGCCUGAAGAGAGAGUUCCAGCACCACAAGGACAAGACCCACGAGUACAACAUCCUCAUGGAUACCGUCAGCAGGACCGAGGAGAUCCACAAGAACGUGAUCUCUCCCCUGGAGGGCGACACCAAGGAGCAUGUGCUGCACCAGAAGCACACGGAGCUGAAGCAGAAAAUGAGAGACCUCAACCAGGGCUUUGAGCGCCUCCGCAAGCUCAGCCACGAGGGCUUCACCGAAGACAGCGAGUUUCGGGAGCCCCGAGUGAUUGAACUGUGGGAGGCUGCCAAGAGAGCCAACCUCACCGACGACGAGUUGGACUCUCUCAAGGAGGAGCUGCAUCACUUCGAGACCAAGGUGGAGAAGCACAGCCAUUACCAGGAGCAGCUGGAGCUCUCCCACCAGAAGCUGAGACAUGUGGAGGCUUUAGGAGACAAAGAGCACAUCAAGAGGAACCAGGAAAAGUACAACACGAUUUCCGAGAAGACUCGGGAGAUGGGCUACAAGAUGAAGAAACAUAUGCAAGACUUGAACAAUAAGAUCUCUGGUCAGGGACUCGUCCACAAUGAGCUCUGAGCAGCUCGGCUUGUCAGUGAAGGUUCAAUGGACUGAAGUCAUUUCCUCCGCAGCCACACACAGAGUACGCUACGUCCCCCUCCCCUCACAUUCCCUUUCAACUACUGUAAAAAAGAAUCAGUGUUUUUUUCCAGGAAGUUUUCUACUUUUCUAGUGUUAAUAGUUGUUGACUUUACAAAAUCACUGAAUGAAUGAAUUGUGGGUUGUUUGUACAUAUUAUGGAAAGGUGAGAUUUCUUACAAAUCAGCUGGGCUUAUUGUGAUAAUUAGUCAGAUGAUUAGUCAUGGUACAGAUUAAAUAACGAUGGAAUAUUUUACACACUUGUCCGGUACACUGUAGCAACAUUUAUUUAUACAGCUAAUGACUGGCAGAUGUAGAAGAAGUGAAACUGAAAAAGUGGCAAAACUCAAAGAAAGCUGAAAUUUGUGGGGGCGGUUUUUGACGGAUAGUUGAGUCAGCUUAACCACAUGAUGGGUUUUAGCUGCUGAGUGAUGGUUCAGCCAACUAAUUGCAUGAGUACUCCAUCCUGUAGGAGUAUUGGCACACUAGUGGUCAGACAAACAAUUUGUCCACACCUGUCUGUCAUUAGCUGUGAAAGUAAUAAAUGCUACAUCACAUGGGCUGUUUGCAGUGUAGUAUCUCAUACGUCGGCCUGCUGAAAGGAUGUAAUGUUACUGAUAUUGUUUUAUCAAUGUAAGAUGAAGAUGAUCUGUAGGCUCAGAUAACAAGCACUGAAACGCUGGGACCUGAAAAUGUAACAGCAAUCUUUAAUGUUCAAUAAGAUACACGUGCCAACAUCAUACAAAUAGUAAUAGUUGAAAAAUAUAGUUUCAUAUCAUUAAUAUUAUUUUGGCAUAAAUAAAGGCAAAUACUAUUUACACAUCCUGCAGAGGAAAGUAGCUCCUGCACAGACACUAAUAGGCUAUUCUUGGUAAAAAGCAAACUUUCUCCGACUCCCCCCCCACCUCAUGUUGUUUCUCUUCGUCUCCUCCUCAGACACACCGGUGGGGAACCACCACCAUAAAAAUAAAUUAGUGUCAGAUACUGGACAAUUUGUCCUGAUGAUAUCAAGAGGGAGGUGAGAAAUUGGAACGCACACCGCUCUCCUCAAUUCAUCAACUCCUGCCCUCUCACAGACCAGGAGCAGAGACAUUGAUUUACAGUGAUGAAUAAUGUUACUGGCUGGCUGAUUACUCAGUCAUGUCCUGCUUUGGCCACACGGGUCUGGAUUAAUGUAAUUUGCACCUGAGAUAUAACUAAGCUGCUUAUUUCAAUCGAACGCUUUUAAGCUCUGAUGUGGAAUGAUAGCCAAGCAAGCCGGGACUCUAAAUGGUCGAUUGUAGAGUGUCAGCAUGAUGAGAGGGGGCUUGACCUCAUCAUGUAAUGAUAUUCUGUUAAAUACCUGUGAUAAAUAAUAUGAAUUUAUACAAUGGCAGUUUGUGACCUCUUGGUAAGAGAAGUAACAACAAAUAAACUAAACGGUGCUCCAGUUAGGAAAAAGGUGAAUCUAGCCAGAAUAUGAAAUAAAUUCAAUGCAAUACAUCGCUGUAUAUCUGUGUCUGCUAUCUAUAAUCAGCAGUAAACAUCAGGUUUUGGUGCCAUUCCCUCAGAUUAAAGCCAUUUUCUACCAACAUUCAUCCUAAGUGAAUUUAAAGGGAAGUUUGUCCUCCGACAUUCGUCUCAGCAGACAUAAGUGCCAUGCACGCCCAAAAAAAAUUGGGAGGAAAAGUCAUCAAGUGAAAUGUAGAAACACUGAUUUAAGUUUGCAGGUGGGGUUGAAGGAAACUACAUAAACAAAAUUACAAACAUCCAUAAGCAGCUGCACAAAAGACCUCCAGGCAGUUCCUAUUUUCUUCUUUUUUCUUAGUGGAAUGGAUUGUUGUGCAGGAAUUUCUGUUCACUGGCAGAGCUGUGGGUGUAUUUCUGAGUGUGACAAUGACAGGUGAGCUUUUUUUACGGAGAGAAUCAUCAUUGAAAACUGUUUUAAAGUGUCAUCGAGUUGGGUGUAGCCAAUCAGAUUGGUGGCCCUCGCCGUCUGCUCUCAAGUUGAGUCAGUCUGUCUUGCCUGCCCUGAACGUGCUCCGCCCCCACUCUCUGAGCCGUUUCCAUUGCAGCGAUGUCGAGGUGGGCAUACCUAAUGGAGCCCUCUUCUGGUUGGGCGGUAGGGGAAAAACAGAAGUAAUGUGUUUCUACAGCAAGACGAGUUCUUUAAUAUCAUGACAUACAGCAGUGACAUCUCUAUAGGUGCAAUGUUUAAUUACUUUGAUCUCACAAAGAGCUGAACUUUGUACCAUUUUCUUCAUUGUUAGUCCCUAAAUGUUCAUUUUUUAUGUUUGAUUUUAAAAAUGCAUAAAUUUACUUCAGUUUGCCAAUUCACACCUGAUCAUUUUUAAACAAUUAGAUUGCUGUAAAUUACUUUGUCACCGUCCGGAAAUGUGUUACUAGGCUCUGAAGCAGCAAUAAAUAUUCAACUCAUGUCUGUUUUUUCAUGAAUAAACAGGUUCUCCUCAUUCUUUAAAAAUCA